AUGGCUAGCAAUAGGGGCACAGCAGAGAAACAUAACGAUCACUCUCUCUCCCUGCGCCACAAGCAGCUGACAGAUGCACGCAGGCUUUUGGCUAGAGAUUUACUAUACCUGUCCUUGGAAAAGAAAAAACAUAAAAAGAAACAGCCAGUUCAAAGCCCACAUUCCUAUUUUAUGGAUGUAAAAUGUCCACAUUGUUACAAGAUCACCCCGGUUUUCAGCCAUGCUCAGAUGGUGGUUACUUGUGUAGUAGGCUGUUCAACAGUGUUGUGCCAGCCAACAGGAGGAAAGGUCAGACUCACAGAAGGGUGUUCUUCAUUUAGAAGAAAGCAACACUAA